CCCAUUAUUUCCCUAAACAAGCCAUUGCAAAUGUAGUCGUCAUCAACAUUGUAUCAGCUGAAUAAUAGAACAAAACUUCUCACACAAAAUAAAAUUGUUCAUAACAAGUAGAACUAAAUAAGUUAAGUAUGUUUUAAGUAAAGUAGGUAUAUUCGUACCUGUAGUUAAAAAUGGUUAAAAUGCGAUUAUUAUUAUAAUUAUUCGGUUUUCUGAACGUUCGGCGGAAGGCCGCCAAACGAAACUGUUUCAUUCAAAAUGAAUAUCAAAAUAAGUAAAAUUUUAUGUGGUGAUAAAAAUAAUUGUGAUGGUGAUUCAACAAUUAGUGAUGGGAAAAAUGAACCUGAAGGGAAAUCCAGUGAGGGACAGGAGAGUGUAGUGGAGGUGUCUGAGAAGCCCCUGAGUUUGGACGAUGUUCUCACCAACGAGCUGGGCCAGUUUGGAUGGUUUCAGAUAAGGAACAUCCUCUUGGCAGCUGUACUUAUCAUACUCUGUGGUUUUGGCCAUGAGUACAUAUUUUCGGCAGGCGCGAUACCGCACAGAUGUCGGAUUCCAGAAUGUGGUGAAAAUGAAAAAUUGCACAAAUAUGAUCCAAACUGGAUCCUAAACGCGAUUCCAGGCAAGGACACAGGACUGACCAGUUGUGAGAGGUAUGCGCCUAUGAACGUCGGUGUCAGCGGCAGUUUAGAGUCCUGCCCCGCCACCCUGUUCAACAAGUCUGAAAUUGUGCCGUGCGUUGACUACGUAUACGCUACAGAUAACACAGUUGUGUUUGAGUUUGACCUCGGAUGUAAUGAGUGGUUGAGAGCACUGGCAGGCACUGUGCACAGCGUAGGCAGCUUGCUCGUCUUGCCUAUCGUUGGGUACAUCUCGGACCGCUUCGGGCGACGCACGGCCUUGAUCUUAAGCGUCUUCAACUUCGGCCUGUUCAGCUUCAUCAGAGCAUUUUCCGUCAACUACACCAUGUAUUUGGUUUUUCAUUUAUUGCAGUCCACUCUUGGGUGCGGCGUGUACAGUUCUGCCUACAUUUUUGCCACUGAGCUCGUCGGCCCUAACUAUCGAGUUUUCACAAAUGCUAUUGCAAUCUCAAUGUUCGCAAUUGGGGAAGUGAUACUCGGUCUCGUGGCGUGGCUGAUCCCAUCGUGGCGUUACAUGAUUAUAGCCGUCAGCCUCCCGUGCUUCAUCGUCAUCUCAUAUCGCUGGAUGCUGACAGAGAGCGUGAGGUGGUUGCUUUCGAAAAAAAAAUUCUCGGAGGCUGAGGAAAUAUUGAAAACUGCGGCGAGAGUGAACAAAACGCAUAUUAGUGACAAGUCCUUGAAAGCACUUACGAAUUCACUGCAAACAUCAGCUAAUCCAUCUACUGUAGUUGCCUCUAGUUUAAUUCGCAGGGUAAUAACUUCUCCAAUUUUGCUCAGAAGAGUGUGUACAAUAUCAGUUUGGUGGUUGAGCACAGCACUCAUUUUCUAUGGGCUCUCCAUCAACUCAACCGGUAUCUCGGACACCAUGCACUUAAACUAUAUCUUAACGAGUGCCAUCGAGAUCCCUGGAUAUGUGACAGCAGCUUUAACUUUGGACAGAUUUGGCAGAAAAAUCACCAUGUCUUCAGGCUUCUUUUUUAGCGCUGUUUGCAAUAUUGCUUUUGUUUUUGUUCCUCGUGACUUCACCGUUCCUCGGCUGAUAAUGUAUUUGCUGGGAAAGUACGGCAUCGCCAUAGUGGCGACAAGUGUGUACCUCUUCACGUCGGAGCUGUACCCCACAGAGUUCAGACACUCUCUGCUCGCCUUCUGCUCCAUGAUCGGACGGAUCGGUUCCAUCGCUGCACCUCUCACUCCAGUUCUUGUGGAAUAUUGGCACGGCAUCCCGUCGCUGCUCUUCGGCGGCUUCAGCAUUCUCGCCGGGCUCCUGGUGCUGACGCAGCCGGAGACCCUGGGCACCAAGAUGCCCGACACCCUGGCCGAAGCUGAAGCUAUUGGCAAAAUAGAGUCCAAGGUCGCGUCAUCUUGUUGAUGAGGGUACCCUUAGCCUUAAUUGUUAGCUUUUGGUGUCUGUUAUUAGCGUUAGGUAUAGGUAUAGGUAAUAGAAAGAGCUUUACCCGGCGUUUCUUGUUUUUUUUAUUGUGUUUUCGGAAAACGUAAUAAAUAUUAUUAUUAUAUGAAUAUACUUUUGAUGACAUAUAAAUGACAUUUAAUCGCAAUCACUUCAACCAAUCUUAAAGAGAUCCAAGAUAGUCGAGAUGGAGUUAUACAAAAUGUAUAUAUUGUUAAAGCUUUUCUUUAAUUUUGCCCAUUACAUGCAGUAUGCCAUAGUCAAAUCUUGGAUGUGAAGUUUGAAAUUUGAUAUGACAGCCAGGAUAGACUCCUCAUGUGGUUACUCUUCAAUUAACGUGACGUAUGGACGUGAAAUAUUUUUUUUACCGAAUCUUAUUUAGCAGAAUAAAAGCUUGUUAUCAGAAAUAUAGAUUUAGAUUACAAUAAAUUGCUUAGUUAUUUCCUUGUAAGAA